AUGCGCGCAGGUGUUGGCGUGUACGGUGCGGCAACGUCUUCGUUGAGCCCACAGUCGACGGCUUUGUUUUCUGGUUCAUCCGUGUCGCCGUUGAGCGUAGCCAGUCCAUCUCCAUUGUCAGGUUCGUCGUCGCAGAAUCUUUUGAAUCACGCAACACCGGUGCUCGAAACUACUAUAGUUUCUGGUCAAAAGGACUUAAUCAAGACUCAUUUUACGACACGGGAAGGGACGUAUCGACAGAUGACAGUGGCCGAUCAACCGGCUAAAAAUAGGGUAAACAUGACACAGGUAGGUAUGGAUAUUAUAAAUCUAAGAGGUUUCGUUGAACUAAACAUGAAUUUUUCGUUCGUUUUACUUGUUUUAAGAUAAAUAAAACUAAAUUUGAUGCUUUACAAGUUGUUUUUCAGCUUCAAAACGGGAAUACGGGAUGCAACGCUCCAGUACGAGUAUCUUUCAUUCGAGUACCACAAUCCAUUCCAAUCGAACAGGCAGAAACCAGUAUUCAAGGUGAAUGUGCUAGUAUUCCAGAUGACGAAUCUCAUGUAGUUGAAAGGAUUGCUUUCAACAUCGGACGAGAGCUUUUUGUUUAUGAUUUUGAGUAGGUGUUUUAAUGUUUGCGUUUUAAGUUUUAGGUAAGACCUUUAUACAACAAAAAGGUUUGACAAACGAAAGAUAUACCGCAUAGAGUACUAGACUUAUAUAUAUAUAUGUUAUCAUACUGAUAGUGAGGCUUGAUAAGCUCAAUAUUUUUUUCUAAAGUAAUGUUUCAGAAACCUCAGUGGCACGUUAGACUGGUCAAAACCGUUGGACAAGCGAAUAUAUAAGGGAACGUUUCCGACGUGUCAUGAUUUUAAUCAAGAAACUCUAACCUCAACCCGGUGUCAUCUUGUAGUCGGUUUUAGUGCUGGUCAAAUUCAGCUGGUUGAUCCAUUUCAAAAAGAGUAUCCGACCAGUAAACUAUACAAUGAGGAAAGACUAAUUGAAAAAUCGGCUGUCACUUGUAUCAAAUGGAUUCCUGGAUACCCUCAACAGUUUGUGGCUUCACAUCAAAGCGGAUACUUGUACGUAUACAAUGAGGAAUACCCGACGAGUAGUGUUGCUCCUAUGUAUAACAUUGUUAAACAGGUAAUUAAUUAAAAAGAAAUUAAACAAGGAUUUUUUAAAAUUUAGUAAGAAGACAGGUAUUAAAGACAUUACAUAGUUUGUUAAAUUUUAUAGUUUUUUGUGAUUUCUAAGUAAAAUUUAUUGAUAUAUUGCUUUAUGUUUUUAAAAAUUAAUUUUUGUUUUUAGAGUGAUCAUGCCACGGUAUAUACGAUGAAGAAUAGACCAAACAAAAAUCCAGUGAAACGGAUUCAAAUAGGUAAAGGUGCUAUAAAUCAAUUUGAGUUUGCUCCACAUUCUACUGACUUAUUCGCUGUUGUUGGUCAGGUAAGAUCUUGAAAUAAAUCAUAAAUAUUAUAUUAUAGUAUUGGUAAUACCGAGAAAUUUGACGUGAUAUUUUUAAUUAAAAAUAUAUAAACUAUCUUUUUUAGGACGGCUUCAUGAGGAUAUUCCGCUUUUCCCAAAUGGAGCUUCUUUGUCAAAUGCGGUCUUACUUUGGUGGACUACUGUCUCUGUCAUGGUCGCCAGACCAAAAGUUGAUAGCGACAGGAGGAGAGGAUGAUUUGCUAACAGUGUUUUCAUUGGCCGAAAACAGAGUUUUAUGUCGAGGACAAGGCCACAAAAGUUGGAUAUCUCAAGUUGCAUUUGACCCUUAUAUUAACAACAAAUACAACGGACAAAGUAAUGGAUUCUUCAAUGGAAAACCACUGAAUGACCAAAUUAAUGUAGGGUCGGCUUCUAGUACGGAAGACUUGAAAACGUUGGUUACACCGGAAGUUACCAGACGUAAGUUUAGGUUAUAAAAUUGGCAAGUAAAAGUAAAAGAGUAAUACCUUGAGCAUAAAAAUAAAAAUCACUCGAAUUUUGAAAAGCUUUUAAUUUUAAAGAUUAAAAUUGAAAUUUCAUAAAAUUUUAGAUUUCCGACCACAAAACGGAGAACCUCAAGAAAACGGAAAUCGAAUACCUAAUACUGUUCAAGAAGAAAAGCUUCGUAAUAGGCUGGGCUCUCUAGUAAUGAAGCCAACAAGCUCAAUGUGUAAAUCCGAAGAAAGUUUAGCUCAGAAUGGACAUCCACAUGAUGAUGAAAGUAUAUUCUACCGUAUCGGCACAGUCUCACAUGACACCCAGUUAUGUCUGUGGGAUGUGGGAACGGAGAUACUACGAUAUCAGGCCAAAGAUGCUGGACAAAAGGAAAUGAUCUCGUCUAUGGCAACUACAACAACAUCGGUUAGUGGAACGUUGAUCAAUAACCUCACAGAUGUGGCUACAAGGUCAACAGAUGCUCGAGGGACUUAUGAGAGUCCAGUAAUGGCUUUUGCUAACGAAGAACCUUCAACAACUUCGUCUGGAGGGAAGGAGGCGAAGGAAACAAGGGCUAGCAAACCUCGAAGGUUUCUGCACAAAAGGGUGUUGAGCUUUGGCAAUCGACACAAUAAUUCGUCUGAAAGGUGGGUUUUUGAAGAUUGAGGUGGAGGGUGUAGUUAUGGACUUGAAUAUGAAUAAACUGUUAGUCAAAUUAUGCUUAUCAAUUAGCUGGUUCAUGGUUAACAUUUGAUGAUUGUAAGAUCAGCGAUUUUAUACAUAUUAAAUCACUUUUCAGAAGCACAAGAAGCUCCAGGCCAAGUUCAACCCUUUCCACACAAUCCAAUGGCCCAACCUUAUCUCCAAUCGAUGCACCAGCCAUUGACCCAGCGAUCCAACUCUUUGGCACCCCACAGUGUCCUCGAAUGGAUGCGGUGCCAGUCAUCGAACCUUUAGUCUGUAAAAAGAUCUCAACCGAACGUCUCACCGUACUGUAUUUCCGACCCGAUUGUCUGGUUACCGCCUGCCAAGAGGGUUUUGUUUGCACUUGGGCAAGGCCGGGCAGGGUUAUUACCACUUUAUAGGGAAAAAUGAUCCACUAGGGUUUUUAGCUUUUCCCGGAGAUUUACACUUUCAUUUUUUACAAUUUUACUAUAUUAGGAACAUUUACACUUUAUAUUAACCAUGAGCUGAAACCUUGAGAAAAGACUCGGUAGAAGCCUAGUCUAUUCCAUUUUUAGAAUAUUAACUAUUUGAAACAAUUGUCAAACUAACGGUCUAUAAUAAAUAUUUAUAUAUUAAACAUUGUAUUUCUUCACAGAUAUUAUUUUACGUUUUUUAACACUUGUUAUAUUGUUCAUUACAUCCUAAACGUCAUUUCGAAUGAUAAUUCCCACUAAACCCGUUUUUAUACGUGUGUGUAAAUAAAAUUCAUAUAACACAUUAAGAUUUAUUUUUUAGGAUUUUUUAUUUUGGAAAGGAUAAAAUACUCACGUUGGGCACAGCCGUUGAACUUGCUCUGAUGGUGAAUAAAAAUGGUCGAAUUUUAGUCGAAAACUUACGAAUAAUAUAGCUUCUUACACACAGUAUGGCUAGAAAAUAGGUGAAGAAUGUUCAUUUCAACUCAAUUUUGAAACUCACAAAACCCAAGUUGUUCAAUUUUCAACUUUUUCUUCGACAAAAAAUAACUUUCAUCGUAUAACAUGACUCUUUUUUCGAUAUUUUGUAAAUUUUUUUGCGGAACCAACUGUCAAUUCAGCAAAACUCGAUAGCUGUUGGGUGCAGAAUACGUAUUUACAACUGGAAUCGUUUGUCUUUUGUUGUUUUAUACUUUUCAGACGAAAAAUCUUUCAUAUUUUGAAAAUAUUGCCCUUUUUUCAAAAUCUUUCGGAUAUUAACCACGAGAAAUUCGAUUUAUACCGCAUUCUCCGCUAUUUUCUCGAUUUUCUGUGAACUAUAUUUUUAAGUGGUGUUUUAUAAAUGUAAAUUAACAUUUUAAGACACCGAAUCAUUAUUCACCUUUAGGUUGAUUCAUCGUGGCGCUUCAAACUCGGGUUUUCGGCGUUUGUCGUCUAAAAAACCAUGUUGCAGUGGUGUGUAGCCAACGGCAUUUGCGUGUGAAUGGUCCCAGUUUUAAUCCGCAACGUUCUUUCACAGGUAGUGUGCGUUUUGUUCAAGUUUUUGUGGUUUUAGGUGUGAAUUCGAGGUUUUAUGGAGUGAGGAAUGCUAAUUAUCAUAUUUUGCGUAGUAGAAAUAGCCAUUACCAAGUUUAAAAUUAAUCUGGUUUUAUAAAACAAAUUUUAAGGUAAUAACUUACUUUAUUUUCACUUUUAAGCUUGAAAACGGUAAGGGUGGGAUCAAGUAUAACACGAGAGAUUUUAACAAGCGAAAAAAUGUUUAUUGCAAAAAAUGAAAAUGAGCAAAGAUACUUUAGCAAUAGGAAUGGUCCAGAGCUCGUUUUACGAGCUCUUUAAACUUUUUAUACUCAAAAUUAUUCUACCUUUUUUAUUUUGCAUUUAAAUUUAUCCUUUUUAUGUUUGGUUUAAAUUAAAAUAUACUGUCUUACGUGUUUAACAGUGUUUUACAAUUUUAAGAAAUUUUUUAAAAUUUUUACAGACUAUUUAACGUGAGGGUCUUAUCUAAAACCUUGCGUUAAGCUGCUUAAAAGUCAAUUGUAAUCUUUUCUUUCUAACACAAUGUUAUCACUUUACUUUUUUUUUAAAUUGCAAUGCAAAUUUCCUGUUUCAACUUUACAACCUUAAGUUAGUACUUUUCGCUUUAUUGCACUUUAAAGCUGUUAAAUCACUCAAGUUUACUCUGUGGUAAUCUCCUUGGGAAUGUGUUUGCUUUUGUAAUUUCAAUUUAAUCCCGCCAAUUUUCUUGUGUUUGCUUAAUGUCUAGUCCUUUUCCAUUUGAUAACAUUUCUCGGACAUUAUCAUUGAUUUAUGCAGACGAUGAUGAAAACCCGACUUAUCAACGAAAUGUGGUCUGGUAGUGAUAACAAGUGCAGUAAUUGAAUUAGAAGCUUAUCGACGGCUUAAAAUGCGUACAAUUAGGUGGUUGUACUUGUCUGACCAGUCAGGGUGGCUGAUUUGGGUAUAAAUUGUGAGAAAUGGUGUGGUUUUUUUGGUUGGCAGGGGCUUUUGUGAUAAGAAAAUUUUGAAUUUUUGGGAAUUUUUUAAUGAAACUUUCUGUAACUUUGAAUAAUUGGUUUAUGUUAACUCUAACUCAAUAUAAUCAGAUUUCUAUAAAGUCCACCUUACUGUUAACCAAAUGAUUAUAUUUAACCAUUCCUUUAACCAUAUUGUUUUAUUCAUUUGUGUGAUUUUGAUCGUUUGUUUUUGUUUUUGCUUGUUUUUGUUGCGUUCCGUUUUAAAAUGUCAACCUUUUUUAAACUUAACAGAAAAAGUAUUUUAGUGUCUGGCACACGGUUGUUGACGGAAGAAGAAAUAAUGGCGCAGAAGACGGCACAAGAAGUACAAUGCAUUAUGGCCAAACUGGCCGAAAACCCAAAAGUCAGGAUUAAAGACCCGGCCAAAGUCAGCCAAAAACUGAAUAAAAUCAUCGCUGACGGGUUCGAAAAGCUACUAGUAAGGUUUUUUGUUUUUUUGGGGGUAUACUAGUAUUGGGAACGUUUUAUGAUUAGAUUAUCGUAUUAUGUAUGGUACUAAACGUUAAUUUCUGUUCUUAUUUAGGGCUAAUUUUUUAGUUUGUUGUUAAGAUUGUAAAAUGCAUUUUUUAGAGAAGUGAUUCUUAACAUAAUAUUUGCCAUUUUAUAAUAUAUUAAUGUUUAGGUAAUCUCAGACUUUGAUUAUACGCUGAGUCGUUUCCACGAUGGAAAAGGCGGAAAGUGCUGGACCACUCACGGUGUAUUUGAAGCUGCUGCCAAGCACGUCAGCGAAGAACUGGUUCAGGAGUUUGACCGCUUGAAAACUAAAUAUCUGAAGAUUGAAUUCGAUCCUGCUAUGUCAAUUGAAGAAAAAACCCCCUACAUGGAACAGUGGUAAGAAUUUUGAUUGGAAGACUGUCUCUACGACGUUUUGGUAUCUGUAUUAGAUAUGAAAGGGGGCAGCCCGGCUUCUUUAUAGGCCUAAUCUGUACGAUCGUUUGUAGUAACAUUCUAAUUUUUUUUUAUUUUUUGAAUGAAGUUGUAAUUGAAACAGUAUUUUUUAAGGAAUUAUUAAAAACGUAUGUUCAACGCAUUAUUAAAGCACGUUUUAUACCUAAAAAUACCUAAUCUGAUGACAUUUUUUCAAUUCCAGGUGGAAAGAAUCUCAUCAAUACAUAAUCGACCACAAAUUCGAUCUCAAAACUAUUACCGAAGCGGUCAGUGAGUCUAAAGUUGAGUUCAGAGAUGGAGCUGCCGAUUUCCUAAAGUGUGUAUGUUCACAUCAAGUCCCUCUCGUGCUGUUCAGCGCUGGAAUCGGGAAUGUGAUCGAAAUCUUCUUGGAUCAGAAAAUCCACCAAGUACCUGAAAACCUACAUCUCAUAUCCAACAUGAUGUACUUUGAUGAAGAGGUAAUUUUUUUAAAAAUUUGUAGAAGAAAAACAAGUUUGGUAAAGGAAGUUAGAUAACACUUUUAAAUUUAAGGCUUUGUUGGUCAGCUAAUUUUGAUUAUUAGUAUUUUUUUAAAAUUAGCAUCUUAUGUUAGGUUGUUCACAAAAACCUCUAAAAAUACAAUUUUUUGAAUCAUAACUUACCAAAUUUUCUUACAGAACAAGUGCAAGGCCUUUUCCGAACCCCUAAUUCACACCUUCAAUAAGAACGCGUCAGUCGUAGGCCAAGAACGCCCGUUCUUCCACUCCAUUGCCUCAAGAACCAACGUCCUCCUACUAGGAGAUUCCCUCGGCGAUCUUCACAUGGAUGUAGGGGUGGAAAGAGAAGGUGUUGCCCUCAGAAUCGGGUUCCUCAACUUUAACUUUGACUCGCUUUACCCAAAAUAUUUCGACUCCUAUGAUAUCGUUCUGUGGGACGAUCAGACAAUGGAAGUGCCGUCCCAAAUCUUCACUCACAUUCAUGAAAACAUUAACGCGAAAGCCCUGGAGAACGGAGAAAAGAAAGGUAAACUAUAUAUGAAGGCGGAGUAAAGCUUUAAAAUCUUUCUCUGAAUUAGCGAAACAUUUGACAAGUUUUUGUUAAUCAUAUUGUGUAAAUAUCACAGUAAUUCUGUAUUUUAGAAGCCUUUGGUGUAAUAUAAAGAACCUUUUUUAUUGAAAGUUGAGAAGAAAAUAUUUUUUAGAUAGUAUUAGAGUUAUUAAAAAUGCUAAAAAGGAUUAAAAUCUACCUUAACGUCACGAAAAACCGUAUUUUAGAAUGCGCAAACACAGAAGAAUCUCAACAAAUCACAGCCGAAGUAAAAGCAUGA